GCGAACACUUCCCGCCUCAGUGGAAGUCCGGUCGCUGCUUUUCGGUGAAACCAGCUGAAGUCCACCUGUAAUGGCCGCGUCCACGGACUUUCAGGACGAGGCUGCAUGGAUUUCCACGUUUGCAGGUAAAACUACAAACACGAUGCAGCCGCUUCAGGACGGCGAGCCUCGUCCCUCAAUGCCAGAAGCUCCAGCUGAGAACCCAAGAGUCCACCAGAGUCCCAAUGAAGCAGCUCUCUGCUGGAGCACAGACCCAGGUCACCUUCCAGAGGACGACGAGCAGGAGGCACAUGAUCCAGAUCCACCUCAGGACCAGCUGGAGGUCCAGGAAGUAAAGCAGGGUCCAGCAGCUGAUGACCAAGAGGCGGGAGGCCAGGAGCAGAAGGAGGACAGAGCUUUGCCUCCAGACCCGGACUCCAACCUAACGAUGGGGACAGCCAAUCAGGACGAAGCCGGGGAGUCAGGCGGUAGCAUGCCGUCGCCGGUCGUCACUGAGACAGAGCAGAGAAACACAGAGAUGGCGGCUCAAGGCCGCCAGCCUGAGAGAUGUUCUGAACCUGGGCCUGCGGUCGAAGAAGCAGUGCUGCAGAAAGCAGGCGGACCCUCAGACCUGGUGACCUUCGCGGCGGUGAGUGCGAGCAGGCCGACCUCCGGCAGCGACAGAGAAGACGUGACCUGCUGCGACCUGCUGUCUCUGAAGAGCGACUCGGUAUCUUUGGCCAGCGAGUCCAACGUGUUCAGGAGGGUGAGUGAAAGACGAAGAGCCGGGGCCUUCACGCAGACUUCUGUUUCCGGAAAUGCCGAGCAGCUGUUGGGAUUGGUUUACACCAGCCCGACAGCUGCACCUGUACGAGCGCUGCUGCGUGUUCGUGAGUCUGACAGUAAUGAAGUGUUACACAAAUCUGCGUCCGUGCACACAGAAACACAGAAACAUUAUGUGACAUCACUCCUCACUCUGAACACGGCACGCCAAAAUAAAAGCACAAAAAACAGGAAAGAUUUGCUAUAAAUAGUUCACAGCAACGUCUUUUACGAGCCGAUGUGUUGCUUUGGACCGAGAUGAUUUCUGUGGUUUUAGGCAUAAAGAAGAAUCAUGCUUCCAUGAUUAACUUAUUUAUUUAUCCAUCAUGGACUGAGCACAGAAACGCGGAGCUCAUUAGAAAGCUCUGUGGGCAGGUACACACUGAAUCAGAUAUAAUAUCCAUGUGCAUAUCCAGGAUGCAGAUCCAGUGUCCACAAGCAGAGAACUAGUUUCUUACAGUGCAGUUUGUUCCACGAUGAGGACAGAGGGGAGGGUCUGCAUAUUAACAGGUCACUCGACGAUUUUUAAGCAUCCAUAACAUUUGCUGUUUGUUUAUAGUGAUGUCACUGGUGACAUCACGUGGUCACGGUUUGUUCAGAACAAGCCUUGAGUAAGAGUCAGACAACACUACAGCUCUCAGCUGUUAACAUGUUACAUGUUUGAAUUUUUGAAUGGAGUCUGGUGUGUGGCUGAGGUUCUCGUCACGUUUUACCCAGACUGUGAUGUCAACAGAACCAAAACUAAACCGUAAGUGAAACAGGAAGACCCGCCUUCUCCCAUCCAUGUUUAUCACGGUGGUAAUAAAGUGUAACACAAAAACU